GGACGAAAAAAUGUUAAAGGUUUCUUUCUUUGUGAAUCAAUCAAAAGUGACUAUCCAUGCACAUUUUAUACAAAAACCUAGAUGUUGAAGCAGUAGAAAUAAUUCUAGACAACCAAAAAAAAAAUACCACUUUGUUGUCAUUUGAGACUAACAAUAAUCGUCAAAAUGGCGCCGAAGAAGGGUGAUUUCACUGAAUUGGAGAAGAAAAUUUAUGAUGCUGUGUCACAAGGUAAAGCAGAUGAAGUAAAGCUUCUUUUGAAAGAAAACACAGUGAAGAAUGUUGACUUCUUGGAUGAUACUGGGAUGACCCCACUUCAGCAUGCCGCGUUUAGAGGGAAGAGAGAGCUUUGUCAGCUGCUCCUCGCCCACGGAGCAGAUGUCAAUUCCACCUACCAUGAGAAUGGCUAUACGGCUCUCAUGUUUGCUGCCCUCUCAGGUAAUACAGAGACGACCCGCCUGAUGUUAGAGGAAGGAGCUAAAGUAGACCAUGUCAAUUCAGUGGGCAGAACAGCUUCCCAGAUGGCAGGCUUUGUAGGUCAGCACCAGUGUGUAUCGGUAAUUAAUUCUUACUUCAGUCGGGAAAACCUCAAACACUACACUGUUCCCCAAGGACUUGAGAAGGAGCCCAAACUUACUGCAGACCUAGAAGUGGCCUUACUGAAAAUGAUCAACCUGUCCAACCUUAAUCCUGUCAAGAUAUCAUUGAUAAUACAAGACUACACCUGUGUGCUGGAGAAAUCUUCCAAUGUUGUAAAAGUGUUGGAUCACCUUAGUGAAAAGUACAUGAAGGCACGAGAAACUAACGAUGCCAUGGCAAUGAAGACACACUAUAUGGCUGUCAUUAUCAAAAAUGCUGCCAAGUCUUAUCAAGAACACAAAACAUUAGACAACUGGAUCAAAAGAUUGGUGAAGGGACGGGACGAGGAUGGUUUCUCUGAGAUACAAGAGCGAUUGAUCCGACAGAUGCUGAGGGAGUUUCCUUACGGAGAUUCUCAACUGCUACAACAGCUCGUCAGAACUCUCGCUGCAGUCAAAAUCGGAGAUAGCCCGAGUGGUCUGACGGUGCUAACCCAAGGAAUUAAUGGUCACCGUAUGACCUUUGAUGCGGAUGAUAUUUGUGGUACUUGUGGAGAACUAUAUGCAGAAAAGAAAUGUUCUGCUUGUAAAAUGGUGAGGUACUGUGAUGCCCGCUGUCAGAAGCUACACUGGCCUACACACAAGAAGAUGUGCAGCAUGCUAGCAGAAGAAUAUGUACGCAUAGAAAAGUUUAAGAAAGAAGAGGAGGAAAAAGAAAAAGCAAAAAAGGAAGAAGAGGAAAUUCAAAGGAAGCUCUCAGAGUCCAAAAUUCAAAAUGGUGAUGACACGGCGGAGGCGGGUGACAUAACAACAAAUGGAGAAGGCACCACAAGUAGCACUGAAUCCCAAGAUCCAUCUAACACUACUAAGGAAGUUCCUGAGACAAAUUCUGUACCUCCAGUUGUGGAGAGUUCCUCCUAGCAUAAUUUUACUUCAUGUACAAGAUCUAAUUAAAAUAUUCAUUGUAAACAAGAAAAAAUAUAAUCCAUAGUACUAUAUUGGUUUACAAUGUUUUAAAUGAAA